GCAAACCUGAAAACAUCAGCUGAGUUGAUUUUCUCAGCAAGCGUCCCAUCAAACAACUUUAUCAAGCCACAUCGCUUGGCUUCUUGGUGGUUCUCUCAGUGUAGUUGAUUUUCCGCAUUGCGUUGAAAUGCAUACGUUGCUUGUCAAGGUAAGAAUCGAAGUUAAUUCAUUUCUUUUUCAUGUGAAAUCUAAGCAUACUGUGUCUUCUUAUUGUGUGCAAGUAUCAUAUCAGGUCCCCUGAGGUUAAACUCGUUUUUACAUGUGAGCUCAUUUGCAUCGCAUACUUGAAUGACAUUACCUUAAAAGUGCCUGUUGUGUUGUGUCUUUUUCUUUAAAGCGCUCUGAAAAUUAUUGGGGCGGAAAACAACGAUGUAGUAGUCAAAGAAGGGAAAUUUGGUGACACCUUGAUUCGAUAAUCAAGUACAUGGUUUUGGUUACUAGUGCAAAAGUAGUGAGAGAUGGCGUGAGGGAAUGAUCGAAGGCGCGCGAGUAUAUAAAGGACGUGCGUGGGAGAAAGGAAUAGCCCACCCACCUUAGAUAUAUUAGGCUGAGUUAGCAACAGAACAUAAUCAAACAACUGGCUUGACCAAUGGCACAGUGACAAAUUGGGCUCUGGAAGUCACGUUUAGUCCUUUCAAUGCGCUUUCCCGUCCUCAACUGACGCUUCUGUUCUGUUGCUAAAUCAGCCUAUUCUAACAUCACUCCCAAGGCUUUCUAGUCUGUUUUCUGUGAUUUUUUGGUUUGUUUUUUUUGUGUGCUCAAGUCUCUUCUGGGAAUUGCAAUACAACAGAGUGGUUAGAAAUUUGCAAUUUCUACCCUAAAUCCUUCCCAGGAUUCAAGUAUGAGCUAUGAUAAUUUGGCCUGUUAAAAAUGCCAUUGUUGAUUUGCCAAUCAAGAUGAAAGGAAAUUCAAAAUGCUCUUCUGGCAAUUUGUUGAGUAUGUUGGGGGCCAGAACAAGGAUAUUGGCGUUGCUUCCUAGAGUCUGCGACUCAGGCUGCUAGAAGUCUUGUUAGAAUUUUGACAUACAUAUGUAUCGAACGUGGGCUAUUCGCAAAUCUGAGCCCAAAUCUGUCACAUAACAUCCAAUCAAAAUUUUAAGUUCCUUUAGGGGAAAUCACUCACAAAUUUUAAUGUAUGCCUCAUCACUGGCUUAGAUGUGAUGAAACAUGAGUUUAUCAACUUAAUGAUUAUUUUGACCUAACAAAUAAAAGGUAAAAUUCCUUAUGUGCUAAAGCAGAAAAACCUGUCAGGGUGUUGCCUGUGGUACUUGCUGUAAAAUUCAGUCUGACUCCUUAUCUGCAAACAAAAACUUCCUUAAAAAUUAAAUUCACAAGCAUAUCUGUGGAUGCAUGGUUAAUGCUCCUACGAAAGCCAGAUUUUACACUUGUAGCUACUGACUAACUAUUUUUCUUGUGGUCAUGACAACUGUGUUACUUACCAUACAUGGAUGACAAUUUUUUUUUGAACGGAUAGCCCGAGCCAUUCAAACUGAUACCAAAUCCAUUCAAACAACUAUCCCUUCGAAAACGGCAAACUGCGAGGAACGUUUUCGCUUGAGCGGUCACGCCAGGGGACUGACAAAAUAUGUUUGUUAAUCCUUAUGUUUAGUGGCUCUUUAACUUUUGUCGUGUUUUAUAUCUUUGCAAAUAAAUUAUAGUAGUAAGUUUUUGUGUUUUUUCUUUGUUACACUCUUAUGCAUCACGAGAACCCACUGGAAAUAUUUGUUCAAGUAGUUUCAGAGAUGUACAAAAAAGCGCUAAAAGUCCAAAUUUUGAAUAAAGUUAUACUUAGACAGGUGGUGAGAAAACGGGUUAGUUUUUAAGAUCGCAAGAAAAAAAUUCAGCAAAAUUUCCUAGCAUCGCAAUAUGAUAUUAAGCAGCAAUUUUUUUCUGAUGCUACUUAAAAGUAAUGUGAGUCAUUGAUAACGUUCUUAUUAAAUAAUCUAUCACGGCUAAUGAAAGUUUAAGGUUUGAAAUAUAUUUUAUCUUUAGUCGAAUUCAAACGUACAGAAUUUCUUACUUGUCGUGGAGGUUAUUUGCUUAACACCAAACUUUAAGUUCCUAGUGUUGAAAUUUCAGUAGGUGGUCUAGAUCGCGCAAAAUUAGGUGUUUAUCAAUUUCAAAGUUUUUGGUAUAUUGUUGUCAUGGUAACAUCGAUUUUACUAAAACCUACAUUUUGACAAAUUUCAAUCUAUAGUCAAUCAUUGGUGAAAAUUUUAUAGCAAUCAGACAAGGAUAAAAUCAUUUUUAAAGCGAUUGAAACAUAUCAGUAUGGCCUCUGAAAAACAAUAUCGAAACACCUUAUGUUAUCACAGACCACAACAACUUUGUGGGCACAAUGCACAAAUGGAUUCAUUUGACAUAUGAAGUUUAUUGAUCGAUACAGAGAUUACAUGUAGUGAAACCUAAAAUCCAUUCAACUAAUGUAGAAUUUCAGAUUCGUUUCCAAAUUUUUCAGCUUACAUGGGCAUAUUGGUCAAGAGCCACUUUUGAACCAAUCAGUGAAGACUAUCAGGCAGAUCAACAUAAAACUCUUGACGAAACAUGCAUGUCUAGGAGUGCAUUAACUGUGAAGGUGGAUGUGUAAUUUACUGUAUUUCUCUAUCUUCCCUUUCAGCGGUAAAUCUUUGACUUUUUGUUGUUAAGGACAAUCCAACAAACAUUGUCUUUCAACUGAGUUGAUUUUCUCACCAAGCGUAUCACUGUAUAAAUCAAACAAUCAUCAAGCUCCAUCUCGCUGCUUCUUGCUAAUCAAAGUGACCUCUUCAGAUUUCUGCAUUGUAUUUGACUGUAUGCAUUGCUUGUCAAGGUAAGAAUCAAUUAAGUUAAAAUAUUUUUUCUCAUGCAUAUCUCGUGGAGAAAUUUAGGUGUACUUUCUAUUCAGUAGUACAGUAUGUUUCAUCGGCUUACCUUGGGAUAGCACUCGGACUAUAAAAGGCCUAUUGCCAAGUUGGAAUACUUCAACCAUCCUAAAGUUUUGUAAUUCCCACCCUUCCCUCCCUUUGGAGGCUUUGUUGUUGUUCCUAAUAAACACGUGCUCACCGCUUUCUUUUGCCUUUGGUUUAAGUCUCACAGCGACUUUCCCAAGCUUUGAUUUUAAUGCAGACUUUUAUGUUUGAUUGUAUUCCAGCACGUGCCAGCGGAGUCGGCUCAUAGUGCUGAUAAGAUAAAGUUCCUAGAGCCAAAAAAAUAUUUGCCUACACCAUUCCAUAAGGUUGCACGAUGCUGGCCAUAGGUUUCAGCUUGUAGUGCCAUGAAGUGUUAGGCCGUAUUAAGUUUGUUUCUUUUGGACCUACCUGAACUUGUCCGAUCCGGCACAAGUAAAUUAGUGCCGGGGAGAUAAGGAAGACUUUAUGGUCAUGCUAUGAAAGUCGUCCAUCAUGCCGAUCGCAGAGUGGUGUUCCCCCCUUUACGCCAUAUGUUUUGUUGUCUAAAGGAACUGCGACAUUAAUACAUAUAUGUAGAUAUCAGAAUUUAGAAGAUUUUUUUAUCAAGAAUAGAGUACACAUAUCAGUGUUAUAAAUUUAAGCAAUAGAAAACGUUUUCCGUGUUUGCAUAGCCUUAUACAAACACGAGAGGGGUUGGGAGAAUUCAUAACAGUUAUCCAAACCCGAGACAAAGUCGAGAGUUUGCAUAACUGUCGAGAAUUCUCCAAACUCCGCGAGUGUUUAUAUCAGGAUAUGCAAACACAGAAAAAAAGUUUUCUAUUGCUUUUAUGAAAUAACUUUUCCAAGAAAAAAAGCAAAACCCUCUUGUUUCGAGCUUUGAUUAAAAGAGAAAUUCUUACCAGUUGCGAAGUCUUGUACACGAAGCUUGUAUGUGUAAUCAGUCCUUGUUUUGCAAAAAAGAUGCUUUCCAAAAUACGGGUUUUUAAAAUGUCAGCUCAAGCGAAAAAAAAUUGACACAGCAUGUUUCUAAAGAUUUUCCAAGGUUGGGCCAACAAGGAAAUGGGUAAAUAAAGUAAACUUGUUGAGUUUUUCAACUCGAAACCUUUUUCAAAUUCAUGCUGGUGUGAUUAGUGUGCGAAAAGCAAAACAUCUUGAUGUGACAAUCAUGUUUACAUUCUCUCAUGCUAACACACCUCUUGGCCAAUCAGAACGUGGGUACUAUCUUAGUUAUUUUAUAAAAUAAAAUGGAGUUCCUUGUCCAUAGUUAGUCUGGGGUAGGGUAGGGACUUUUGGUUCCCAGUGUGUAGAAAAAUGUCACAAAAUUGCAGCUGAACAGGGUUGACUGAUAUAGGCUAAGGGUUCCAGGGUCUCACUAGCUACACACCCCCGGCCCCAUAAAAACUCCUCCACCUCCUUUCUCCCUGAGAUUUAAUCAUUGGAUCUGGGAUUAAGCCUUUGCAUUUUUACCAGUGGGAAUGAAAAAUUAUUGGCAAACUUUUAGUUUAAAUGUGACCCUGAAACCUGGGAAAAAUUAUAGGUGGGUUUAAAAAAAGGGGAUUUGUACGUUUGAGUGGUUAAGAGUUGAUGUGAGGGUGCAUUUGCAUAAACAAAUGCUAUAAAGUUGGAAAUAAAGGAGAUAACCUUUGCACUCUCUCUGAAAUAGUUAAAUUGUGGUAUUCAAGUGUUGAAGUAGUUAUACAUGCAUAGCUCUAGGUACUCAGUUUAAUGCCGAAGUCAGAUUUGCUUUCAUUCAAGACUUGAAUCUCAGCUUAUACAAAUCGGCGAUUAUAAGUGAAAUUAUCUUUAUAAAGUUGUUUGGUGUUUUAAAAUUAUUGUGAGGUUAAACAACUCUCAGCUCUGUUCUCUUAUUGAUUUAGUUGAUAUUAUUCGUUUGUACCUUUUGUGGCGAGUGUGCAUAAUUUUGCCCUGUUGUAGAUCAGGUGAUGAUACUCAAGGGAGUCUUCUCUUUUAAAAUUGGACAUAUAUAUUAAUGCUGUCACACACACUAUAUUUCCAACAAGACAAAGGAUAAAAUCUCGCCUAUAAUGUCAUUCCAGAACAGAAAAUUAAAACAUACAAGUGAUACGAAUAAGGUCUGUUACAAGUAUGUAAACAAAUUAAGUUAUGCAAAAACAUUCAGUGCACUUCCCACUUAGACUUUCAUAGAAUCACAAUUUCUUGCCCUUCCACUUUCGGUCUUCCGAUUCCCCAGCCAGUACACUGGUAGCCAUUGGCUACCUAUUUUUCUCAUGUUAAUGACAAGUGUGGUAUAGCUGCUUUGGAUUUGUUUUUAUCUUGUUUGUGUGUUUGUUUGUUUGUUUUUUGCUUAUAAAUAUUAAAAAACUACUUUGAUUCUCUAGUUUGUUGUUGUGUGAAGCCAUUUCAACUUACUGUCAGGCAAGCAAGAAAGAGUAGAAGAGAUAUGGCUGAAGAAUCAGAUGAAGAAGGUAAAGAAUAGGUCCACUUACAGUUUAAAGUGAAAAUGUGAUCUCUGUACAAUGUACGACUAUUGCAACCUUGGCCACUUCAUUUGGCUGAACCCAUCACCCUCAGAGGUGCCAACCUCUGGAGAUUUGAAAUCUGGAGACUGUCUAUUUUGCAGUACCACCAACAUCAAACACCGCUGUCCCCAUAACCGCAAAUCGACCCAGUGACCCCAAAUUAUGACAUGGGUUUGGCUCAGGACAUUAUCCGAAGUCUCAUAUAAAUUACAGACUCUGAAAAUUAACAAAAUAGUCUUUGCAGUGAUGAAAACACUUUGUUCAAAAAUGCCACAGAAAGCAUCCUUUGAUUGACAAAAAAAUUUUUGACUUUUAGAAGAGCUAAAGUCCAAACUAAAGCACUGAAAAGCUCAAAAUUCAAUUUUACCCAGGAAAUUUGGUGAUCCGUAUGGGAGACCAGGAGAUUUGUAUUGUAUCAAAAAUGCAGGAGAUUCAGCGUACAAACCCACUGAUUUUCACUGAUUUAAUUUUUUUUUACUUGGAUUCAUUUUCUCUUGUUUAUAAAAAAUUUGUUUGCUAAUUUGUCUUUUUUUGCUUAUAAAUAUUUAAAAAUAAAUUUUAAUCCUCUAGUUUGUUGUUGUAUGAAGCCGUUUAUGCGAGCAAGAAAGAACAGAAGAGAUGUGGCUGAAGACUCUGGUGAAGAAGGUAAUUUCUGUUGUUUAAACAUAGGUCCACUUAUAGCUGAAAGUGGAAAUAUGAUCCCUGGAACUUGCAACCUUGGCCAUAAUUUUUUUGGAUACUGGAGACAACUGAAGUUUUGAAAAAUAUUCAAGUGGAUUUUCACUCAUUUUUUCAGGGAGGGAGGGGAAGGGAGCCAUUAAUAUAACAUGGUGGCAGAAAGAUUGUAGAACCAGGAAGACCCUGCUGGAAGGAGAAACAGGUUAAAAUUUUUUAACCCAGGUUGAUUCUUGAAUUCCCUUGUCUCCUAGCCCUAACUCAUGAAUAAUUAGGGCUAGGAGACAAAAAAAAAAAGAGAAUCAACUUAAUUUUGACCUGUAACAUGUACAAAAUUGAAGUGGUUAAUAUAUAACCACUUUUUAACUAUUUUUCCUAAAUCUGAUCGAGAGUUUUCUUUCUUCUUGGUGUAUUGGAAGGCUGUGGAACAUGGACUCAUAUAUCAUCUUCCUGGUUAUCUCUUACCAUAUUUUAAAGGAUUUCUUUAUAGAAUUUUUUGAAAUUUUUGCUAUCCUAAAUUUGAUUGCUUACUCAUUUCUUAUGUUUCUCUACUUUGAGUUAUGUUUGAAACAAUAAAACCAGUCCCAAAUAUAUUUGCAAUCAGGAAAUAACAGAAUCAUCCUGUAAUAAUUAACAGACAAAAUGUUUUUGCUUUAGUAGUCCAGUGCUUUCAGUCAACCUUGGCUUCUUUUUUCCUUAAUUGAAGUAAUCAAAAGGAGACACUAUCAUUGAAGCUAGCUCCUUGUUGAUCAAGCAGUUAGUUGCUCCACUCAAACCAGUGAAAGGAAGCAGAGGGAGCAGUGUCAGCUUUAAACUCAAAACCUUUCUUGAAAUUUUUCCCUCCACGCAUGCUCAAAUUUUAGAAGCUGUAAUUUAGCAGCACAAACAUAUGCCUUGGCCUGUGGUUGAUCAAAACAUAGCUUCCCUAGCUUCAAACCUCAUUUUUCUUUUUCUUAUUUUUGUCUGUUUUCAUUUUAAAAUAUACCAUGUGAGUGGGUUAAGCCAUGUGAUGUGUAAAGAAGAAAUUAGAUGCUGACCAUUCUUAUUAGGGGUUAAAGGGUUAAACUUCCAUGACAAUAAUGUAGAUUCUUUGCUGUAGAUUGUUUUAGAGUAGAUUUUAUUUUUUGUAACUGGGUUUUGAAGUAAAGGCUAACACUUAAUGAGCUCUUAAUUCAUACACAAAUACCCUGUAAUUGGGUUACCCUCAGGGUUAAACUUAACGGUCUUUCAAGGAAUUGGGCCCAGCUGGCCCAAAAUUGUCCGGUGUUAAUUUUUUGUUUAAAAUAAUUUAUCUGUGCUGGAAACUAUUUACUCUUAAUAGGCCAUUGGGUGAUUCCAGAAAAUAUCCAUACCAUACUACUGACGGCUUCCAUAUUUUACCCCCUCCCCCUUAGCUUGCCUUCAGAAUUUCUAAAAUUGCAUUAUCCCCCCAAUGCCCUCGGAAUUCCAUUCCAUUCCCCUCCCUUGCAGAUUUUCCAUUUUUUAGUCAAAUCCUUCGCAAAUACCUGUAUGGUCCCAAAUAUGCCCAAAUUGGCUUAUUUUACUUCAAAGUAUUUCAAAUGACUCAAACUACUUGUGUACUUCAAAAAUAAGAAUAUCUUGUGAUGAACUUGUGUCUGCAAUCGCAAGAUAUUAGCCAUUACGAUCGAGUAUAUAUAGAGGAUAUUACACGGUGGCUCGAAGAUAUGAAUUUUAUGUUCUCGUGGCAGGAACAAUAUCUCACGAGUGAGCGAAGGGAACGAGUGAGAUAUUGUUCUGGCCACGAGAACAUAAAAUUCAUAUCUUCGAGCCAACGUGUAAUGUUCUUUUUAUUAUAUGAAGAAACCAAUUCAACAAAAGCAAAAGGCGGGAAUCGUGACGUCAUUGAACGAUACGACACUCACAAAGGUGACAUACGGAAAAUACGCCACUCGGAUCCCGGAUGAAGUGGCGUAUGGAAUCUACGAGUGGUUUAGUUCCCAGUAAAACACUCUCCUCCAUAUAAUAAAAUUUGUUAUUUCUGAUGUCUUGAAUUUGAGCCUCCUUUGUCAGCAGUCGCUCCCAAUCCCACAAGCUUCAAAAUUUUACAUGGCGUCCUCAGUCAGAAGACCUGCAUGUUUUGCAUUGAGUGGACAAAAACUUUAUGAGACUGUUUUCCACGGGAGAAGAAAGGAUGUUUCGUAGCAUAAAGGCCUCUAAAACUUGAUGUACAAUUCAAGCUUUUUUGGUUUUCUUCUACAAAUGAACACAAAAACAUCACUGAUCAAUCAGGGCUCAAAGUUUAAAUUUGAGUUUGGGAACACUUGUGCUACCAGAUGUAAAUUUUUAGGCGCACCGCCGAAAUUUUAGGUGCACAGCUGAAAAUUUUAGGAGCACAGUUUAUAAUGUUGGGAGCAUCUAUUUCAAAAGAAAAAGUAAAAAGCUUAACAGUGCCUCGUUUAUUUGUCAUCUUCAGUUUGUUACUUUUACUUCAGUCCUGUGAUUGAUAAAACACAGCCGAUUUGCUACGCAGUAAUACUGUUGUGAUUUUUAGUACUAAUUUCUCUUUUUGACAGUACUGCUGUGACUAAAGAAAAUUUACACUCGAAAAAAAAUUCAAAAGUGACAACAACGAGUGUGUCGAACGAGAAUGAAAGUUAAUCUUUAAUGAAUUUGUUAAAUGCGCAAUGACUUACUUGUACCUGGGAUAUGACUUAAAAACUUUCUUACCUGGAAAAAAGGCUCUUAAUCCGCACUGUUUUUGUUUUGAUUGACCUUAAAACUGAUCGUUCGAUAUGAUCGUCCAUCGCGCAAAAAGCAUGUGUUUCAUUCGUAGCAUAUAUUUGCAUGUGUCAGCGGUGUUUAUUACAAAACAGAAGAGUCUGGGAUGGAGUAAAACAUCGAAACGAAAAAGAACAUUCGAGUUCGUGGAAUCCAUUGGGAGAAAAGACCAAUUAAACAUACACCGUCUUAUCUGGUUCGAGUUCGUAAGUAUAGUCAGAAGCAAGUCAGUCACACUGUGCUGUGGGUUUUAUGGCGCACAGGUGCGAUUACACAUGAAUUUUUAGGCGCCUAACCAAAAAUCCAGUCGCAUAUGCUACCAGUUAGUCGUUAACUUUGAGCCCUGUCAAGGAUGCCUGGCAUGUCUUAUCUGUUGGCAGUGUCGUCAGUUCAUGCUUCAUUUGCGAACUCAUUAAAUCCAUAAAAUAAGCGUUUUCAAGGAAAAAGAACGAACGACAAUAAUUUUUCGAAUUUCUGGUGAGGUCAAAAUAGUGCGUUAUACUAUCAGGCUAUAUUUAGGGGGCAGGGGGAUUGGGGGAGGGUUGCGUGAAAAUAAUGGUAAAUAAUUUUCUACUUGCUUAUUUUUAUUCAUCAUGGUGGAAUUUAAAAGUUACCACACGGCCCCGACUUAAAAAUGGUACUCAUUUUUCUUGUUACGAAAGCCUUCCAAAAUGGUACAAUGUUCAAAUGAGUUUAUGUAUGUUUCACUCACACGCAAUGGACAAGGUUUUAUAGUAGCCUGAGUGCAUACAGCCGCCCCCGGCCCUCCCCUCAGAAAAAAUCAUCUCUUGGCAGCCCAGUUAAAAUCGUCUUUCAGCGAUUCUUGUUCCUGAGAUUAACCAAAGCUUCUUUCUUGGAACCAACCCCAUAGCGCUAAUAAUAAAGGUCUUUAUUAAACACUCUAAACAACAGAUGUGUUUAGUUACAAUGAUAUAAAUUUAGUUGUACAGAUAAUAAUUAACUAACUUGGUAACUAACUGACUAACUAGAGAACAAACAUCUAUUUACAAAAGUUCUUGAAACUCUCAGUUCUGACAGACGGGAGAAUAUAGUUAUGACACCUCUUACAUAACAUAACCAAAUAUAGUUUGCUUCAGUGGCAGAAGGUCAUCCAAAGCUGUUGUUGAAUUGCUGUCGGUGAUCUUGUCCCAUAACUUCUUAUCUUUCAGGGCAAUAAUAUUUUCAAUUAAAAAAAGUUCUUUACAGUAACCAAGCUUAAAAGUGGCCAGGUCCAGUCUGUGUUCUGUGGAUGUCAACUCACUGGCUACAGUUUUUGACAGCUAGCAAGGACUAGCACACCACAUAUAUAUAUUAUAAAUAUUAUUAUCAUUAAUUCUCUUUUUUUGUUUCAUUUAAUUCAUCAUAUAGGAUCAUCAAGAUCUUCAGAGCAUUCAACUAGCAGAUCAGAGGGUAAUGAUGGCAAUACAACCCAGCUUACCACCAGUUUUCCAGAGGAUACUAUGAGCAGAUCAGAGGGCAGUGAUGGUACUGCAUUUCAGCUUACUGACAGUCUCCAUUCUUGUUCAAAAAAUACUGCAGGGACGAAGCCCAUUAGAGGCGCUCCUGAGCUUAAUAAAGUUCUCUCAUCCUUGGCUGACAUUAACACACUAACCAAACCUUCAAAACAUGCUGAUCUCCCGGUUGAUGUGUUGUUACUGACAGUGAAGAAUUAUGAGUUCUUAGCUUGUUACAGUGAGCUUAAGAGCCCCCAUAGAUGUUACUUUGAUGGUCUUGGGUACGUUUACUUUUCUGAUGUGGAUGGAAGUCAAGAGAAAGUAAAAGUCGCAUUAUUAAAAUGUUACGAGAACAGUAGUUGUCCUGGUGGUUCUCUCAUCUCUGUUAAGAAUGCUGCAACUGUGCUAAGACCUAAAGCAGUUAUAUCUGUUGGUGCAUGUAGUGGUCUUCACCCUGAGAAAUCCAAGUUAGGAGAUGUUGUUGUUUCUGCCAAAUUAACAACAUAUGCACCCAAAGUGGUGAUCAAUGAUCAAGAGCAGUCAACUGGCAUGAGAAAUUAUGUGAGCAAAUGUUUCCUGAAUGUCAUUAAGAAUUGUGCUGAUGGUUGGAUAGCACCUUUGAAGAACCUGGCUGAUGCUCAACAAGUUCAAGUUCAUACUGCUGCUGAGUUUCUGAGUGGACCAGAACAAGUCAUUUCUGGACAGCGACGUGAUCAACUUGCUGAAACAAAUCCUCAGGCAAUGGCAAUGGAAAAUGAAGGAGAAGGUAAGUUGACUGUUGUUUUUGUUUGUCAUUACAACAAUAGUAAUACGUAAGUACACUGUACAUAAAUGAUUAUUGCAAGUCUUUCGUGACCCUUUGGAAUUUUUGGCAUUUUAAUCCCCCUCCCCACGGAAAUUCGAUGAUCUAUGGGGAAGUUAUGGAUAUUUUCUGGAAAGACACAUUCCAUUUAUAUGUUAUGGUUCACCUUUUUUACUUGGUUUAAAUUUUACUUUCCUUUGUUUCAAACUCAUUAUUAUACAUCACUAUACUCCAAAACAAAGGAAAAGAAAAUAUAAACCAAGGAUAACUAAAUAAUUGAACCACAACAUACACAAAGUUAACUGACGCCUUCCAUAAAAGGUAAAUCUUUUUUCCUUAAUUUUCUUCAUGAAUCGGCAUGAUUUGGGUUUAAAGAAUGGUAAUAACAUUUAGAGCUUUACUUGCAGUGGAAAGAGAGCAUGAAAUAUUAAAUAAAUUCAACACCUUGCUGGCCAGUGGCCUUUUUGUUCCAGUGCUCAAAUUUCCCUGCAGGGACAUUGGGAAUUUAAAACUUCUUUGUCAAGGUCAUACCAUUAUUUUUGUAAAACUUAAUGUUGCUUGCUUGUGAAGUGUUCUGCUCGUUACACCACCUUCCCUUUAGUAAGUACAGUCGAACCUGUAUUAAGCGGUCACCAUCGGGGAAUGGCUAAAAGACCACUCAAUACAGGGUGACUGCCUAAUACAGGUUUCAAGAAAUACAGUUCAAAGAAUUCUAUCUCCAGUGCUGAUCAGAUCAGACGUUUGACCUCAAAUAGAAACAUUCAUUUCAGGCAUUUUAAUGAUUUGCGAAAAUAAACAAGGAAAUUAUUGUUGUACCUCAUGUGUUACAUUAUUUGAAACUAUAUGGACAAUAGAAAACGUCUUUGCAAAUAUGGUGGCCACAACCGCUUAAUAGAGGUGACCGCUUAUUAAUUUUAAUAGAGGUCAAAAUUACAGUACAUCAAGGGAAAUAAUUUCGGGACUUUGAAAACUGACCACUUAAUAGAGGGUGACCGCUUAAUACAGGUUCGACUGUAUAUGUUAAGUAUGCGACCCUAAUGUUCCACUGGUGAGCAAUGAGAUGGUGCCUGUGUGGAUGCCACUCACAGGGUUGUCAAGGUUAUGUGCUGCACUUGGCGGCAUCUUGCCGGUCCACAAGCCUUGCAGGCACCUCGCCAUCACUCAUCUUUGAGUUUUGAUAUUACACAUUACAGACCUUUUAAGCAAAAAUGGCUACUGUUAUUUUUCCAUACUGUGAAAAUUUGUUUAGUUCUUGGUUUAUAGUCUGUGUAGUUGUGAUUGAUUUAAACUGAUUUAAAUUUAAGAGAUUUCUAUGGGAAAAAGCCACCCUAGCCCACUGUACCUUACAUUUCUUUAAGGUAACUUCUCAUAGAAUAGGAGUAUACAUGUACCCUCAAAACUGGAUAAACUUUAAUCUUAACUUUACUUUAACUUGAUGCUUAAGGUAAAUAGUUUAAUUCUAUUGCUACAUUUUUAGAGGUGCGCUGAAGCAAUAGCAGCUGCAUGAUGUCUCUGAGCACCACACAAAUUUUUUUUUGUGCAUGUACACAGGACUGUCUUAAAACUAAUUUACUGUUUGUUUUGUUUUCCUACAGGAGUAUUUGCAGCAGCAUUUGAUUGUGAAAUUGAGUGGUUAAUUGUCAAAGGAAUAGCUGAUUAUGCAGAUGGCUCUCAGUUGGCUUCUGAGAGUUGGUCUUCCAGUGCAAGUGUGAUGGCAGCAUCUCUUGUUGCACACAUUUUGAAUGAACCCUGUGCUUUUUAUUCAUGGCCUCAUUAUCAAGGUAAUCUUAAUUUCUCAUAGAGGGCAUAUGAUUUAUUGAAUCCAUUGGUGGGUUACUUAGUACAGUCACAGAUAAGCUACAUGGUAUAAAUUAUAUACAAUUUCGGUACACACAUGUAUUAUCUCAAAUUUAGGUGUCCAAUACACACCACUUGUUCAAAUUGUGUAAGUUAAGAUUCAAGUUGCGCAAGUCAUAUGAGUGAUAGGAAUUGUCAAACAAUGUCUUCCAUUUGUGUGAUUGGUUCACAUAGUGAAUGUGUUCCCUUAGUAUUGGACAAGCCCGGAUUUUGUUUAAGGUGGAGAUAAACCAAUAUUUCAACAAACCACAUGGUACGCCCACAACCCAUGUUUCUUGUCAGUAAUCCGCAUAUCUUGAUUUAUCACUUGCUUUAUCAUCUUUUUUUUUAAUAUUCUGUUUAAGAUUUUUAUCUCGAUAUCAUGUUUUAUCUAUUCCUGUGAUAGUUUUAAAAUGUUGUUAGCAGAGAGUUUAAUGAAGGAGGAUAAAAACGCUAACCCCGAUUUGAACGAUUUUUAUGUCAUGAUAUAUCAAUCAGUCAUUUUGUCUGUUUUUCUUUGUUAAAUUUUAAAAUUACUUGACUAAGAUUUGAGAUUGUUAGGCGCGGUUCAGACGCCGAACUUUUCAUGAGCCGAACCUAAUUCGAAUUAAGGUCGACCCAAAUUCUUUAGACCGGCUGAAUUGAUUCAGACGCCGUUCUUAAUUGCAGCUGAACUAAGUUCAAAAGGUGAAAAAUGCUCAUUUCGGUCAAAUUGCUUACAAAAUACUUUAUAAUGAUUUAUGCAUUAGGUUCGGUACAUGAAAAGUUCGGCGUCUGAAUCAAAGCGGUUCCAAAGUCGCUCUAAAGGCGAAAUUCUCGGCCGGGCUAGGCGAAAAGAACGGCUGAGCCGUUCCAAAUUAAAACAGGCGUUCCUAAUUGAUUCAGACGCCGAACUUUUCAUGUACUUAAUUCAAUGUAUUAGGUUCGGCUCAUGAAAAGUUCGGCGUCUGAACCGGGCCUUACUGGUUCAUAUGACUUACUAUUCUGAAAUAUUCUUUUCCGUACUAUUCUCAUUGAUAGUGAUAUUUUGAUAUUUUAGUUAACCACUUUUUCAAGUAAAUAGUGAUAAUUGAUUGUUUCUCCGGCAGGGCUGCAGCAACAUGAGUAUAAGGACGGUCCAACCGAAAGGCGACCAUCAACAUCUUCAUCCGGCAACGCUUCACAUGAUUCGUCAUUCAACCGCACUCAAACUAACGAACGAAAAUUAGCUCCUUCCAUCAUCGAAGAUAUGAAGAAACAUGUACGAGAAGUCACUGAACAGCCUUACGGAGAUCUUAAAUCACCUUUUCACAAUCCAGGUGAAGGACCCAGAAGAGAUCUGAAGCUUGACGAAAUCUUCACCAAUCUAAUUAUUUAUGAGGGGAGAGUUAAGUAUAACUUUUCUGGAGACAGAAUGGAACAACUACAAGAGUACCACAAAGCCAAUGAAAAUUUGCGACCAACGCGUCCAGGAGAUAUUUUUGGUGCUAAAAAACGGAAGAUUCUUGUUGUUGGUCGUCCUGGAAUUGGAAAAACCAUGUUCAGCACAAAGAUUCUUCGCGACUGGGCGUCCGACACCUUGUUUAACAAAACUCAAAAAUCGCAAAUAGAUUUUAAAGUUGCCUUCCUCAUUAAGCUGAGGAUGUUUAACUCUAGAAGCAAAGAACUAAAUCUUCGCGAGCUUCUGGAUCACUCAGAAUAUUCAACAGCUCUUUCCGAAGAGAUCUGGAACUACAUUCGUCACAACCCAAAGCGAGUACUGGUGAUUUUUGAUGGAUUUGACGAGUAUUCUUAUAGGACUGAAAUCAGUAAAGAUGACGUUCCGUACAGAAACAAUGAAGAAGACAAGAUGCCUGUCCAUUUCCUGCUGAAGAAAAUAGUAACGGGAAAAAUUCUUACCGGCGCGACAGUCUUAACGACUACAAGACCCAAUGCCGUGUCAUGUGUCAGAAGUCUUAACUUUAACAGAGCAGUUGAAAUUCUGGGAUUCACAACUGAGCAAGUGAAUGACUAUGUAGGGAAGUUUACAAAGCUGGAAGACAAAGCAGAAACCAUAAGGCAACACAUCACCAGUAACUUAAAUCUUCUAGCCUUCUGCUACAUUCCCGUAAAUUGUUUCAUCAUUUGUUCAUGCUUGUUAGAGUUGCUCUUCAACACUAGCUUAACCAGCCUCCACUACCUCCCAACAAGACUGACAGAAAUAUACUCCAUUGCAAUGAAGAUGUUUUACUUUAGUUACGAUGAUGGUCAGUAUCGCCACAAUAAAACUGAAGGACAACAGUUCUUUCUAAAACCAUUUAAGGAACUGCCCUCCUCUGUGCAAAAGGAGUUCACAAGUCUGGGAAAAAUUGCUUUUAAUGGCAUUCGAAAGGGAAGAUUAAUUUUUGAAUCGCAUGAGGUUAACAGCCUAGAGAGUAAUGGCCUGUUUCACCGUUUACCUGAUACUAAAGACCAUCCUUUAGCAGAUGGAAGAGAACAAUAUUGCUUUUUACACCUGACUUUACAGGAGUUCUUAGCGGCGAAGUAUUUGGUAGACACGUUGAGUUCCGAACAACUGCGGGAUUUUGUUUCCGCUCACAUCUGGAAGGGCGCGUGGAAGGUUGUGAUGCAGUUUGUGGCUGGACUGCUGGCUGAGAAAGAAGGACAAUCAACAGAUAUUUUCAGCGACCUUCUUCCCUCAGAAACUUUUACUAAAGAAGUUUACAUCAAGAUGAAUGAAGAUUCAGAGGAACGAACUGAAACACUGACCUGUUGGCCAGCUCCUGAAGACAGGUUAUUAGUGGUGACGCUAUUCAACUGCAUGUAUGAGAACAAAGCCUCUGAUCGAGAAGUUCAAAAGAAACUGGCGACAAUUGGUUGUAAUGCGCUUAAUUUUAUUUCGUGUAACCUGUCACCUCUCGACUGUUUAGCAUUAGUGCAUGCACUUAAAUCUGUUGAAGGAAUUUUGGUUUUUGAUUUAACCGCCAACAACCUUCAGUCGCUAGGAUGUAUUGAGAUUGCGAAGUUGUUACCUGGCAACCAACACAAUCAGGGUUUUUGCGAACUAAAAAGUUUAGACCUCGAGAGUAACCACAUAACUGAUGAAGGUGUUAAACAUUUAUGUACAGCACUCACACACACUAACUGCAGACUAAACAGCUUAAACCUCAGGCGUAACAACAUAACUGAUGAAGCAGUUAAACAUUUAUGUACAGCACUCACACACACUAACUGCAAACUAAACAGGUUAAACCUCAGGCGUAACAACAUAACUGAUGAAGCAGUUAAACAUUUAUCUACAGCACUCACACACACUAACUGCAAACUAAACAGCUUAAACCUCGAGGGUAACAACAUAACUUAUGAAGGAGUUAAACAUUUAGCUACAGCACUCACACACACUAACUGCAAACUAAACAGGUUAGACCUCAGUAAUAACGACAGAACUGAUGAAGGAGUAAAACAUUUAUUCACAGCACUCACACUCACUAACUGCAAACUAAACAGCUUAGACCUCAUGCAUAACAACAUAACUGAUAAAGUAAUUAAACAUUUAUCUACAGCACUCACUCACACUAACUGCAAACUAAACAGGUUAGACCUCGGGUAUAACAAGAUAACUGAUGAAGGGGUUAAACAUUUAUCUACAGUACUCGCACACACUAACUGCAUACUAAACAGCUUAAACCUCUUUGGAAACAACAUAACUGAUAAAAAUCUCCUAAACUCAAUGAACAUAAACUGUAAAGUAGUUUUCUAA